GACCGAAACUGUGUAGUUUUUUUGUUUGCUUGUUUUCUGCUUCCACUCUUCCUUUUUCUCCACAACAUCUCAUCUGCUGAUAUUCAUACAUUCUAAAAAGUAUAUUGUUUCAUUUGCAUGUAAAAAGAAAACCUGAGGUGAGCUUUCCAGGUUGAUCACGAGUGAAAGGCGGGCCUUCUGCCCCUUGCACCGCUUCCUCCUUCGUCGGAGAGAGAAUGGACAAGGGCCGCCGUCUUGUGUCGAAGCCGCUCGGCUCGCCGCAAAAGUACCGGCCAGGUGUCGGGACACCGAAUAAGAAGAAGCGCAACGCGCUGGACGACCCGCUCCUUCUCCUGCCGGAUGUACUGGAUGACGCCACGCGGAGAGAGUUACUGCAGGAGGUGCUGCGUCCGCGACGUGCCUCGCCGUCUUCGGUGGAGCGGCCGGCGGGGAACGCAGGGGCUGUUGGGGUUGGUGGUGGAUGUGGUCCCAACGGUGGUGGUGGUGCCGCCAACCUGGACAAAGAACCUUUUGCGAACCAGCUACGCUCACGGGUGCGAGCGGGAAGCCAGAACAGUGAUGACCUCGUCACCGCCAUGGCUGCACGACUGAAGGAGCUGGAGUCGAAACACAAGGCGUACCAGUCCGAGCUGCAGGAGCUGCACGGCAGGUAUAGGCAGCUGAACGACACCUACCAGCGCGAGCGGCAGUUGCGCGAGGAAGCAGAGACGGCGGUGCUCACGCUCUACAGUGAAAAGGAGUUGCUGGAGCAGCAGCUGGGCGGCUUUGAGAGUGCCACGGGAACGCCGAGGGCAGGGAAAGGCGCUGGCGACUCGCCGUCGAAGGAUCGGCGCGCCAGUCAAGAAGGCGCUCCGUCGACACCUUCCAAGACCAGCCCGAAAAAAGAAAAGUUCGAUCUGUUUAGCGGGGACUUCAAUGAAAAUGACGGCGAAAAGGCCGCCCCAACCCACUUCACCAACACCGCACGGCCCGGAACACUUCUCUUCAGCCCUCAAAAGACACGGGUGGGUGAAAAUGCUAAACAAGCUCCGCCACCGUCACACGUGUCGCAGCAAGCGCCGGCACACAGGGAUCAGCGACACUCUGCAGCGACGGUGGAUAUGGCCAUGCUGACGAAAAAUGCACGCAUUCUCUCCGACUACGUUGGGUGGAAAGGUGUGGUGCGGCACGGCAACCAGGCCGGCAUCCGCGAGCGCGACGUGGUGCGGGUGGUCAUCUACAAGAACGGCAUCUGCGUGAAUCGCGGUCCCUUCCGCCCGUACGGAUGGGCCCUUUGCGACGCCUUCUUAGACGACCUCAUGGAGGGCUACUAUCCUUACGAGUUUAAAGAGAAGUACCCAGAUGGCUUCCCAAUCGAAAUCACCGAUUGCAGCACGGAGACGUGCGUGGUGGACGAGCAUGGCUCUCCUCAUGCGAAGGCUGGAGGAAGAAGCACCGCCGCAGGUGAAGGCCGCUCGGCGUCUUCCUCCCCCUCACCUGUCUUCCCGUCGGAAGGUGGUCGACGUCUGGGCGGCGCGCCACUGGAAGCCGGCAAGCCGCGACCCGUGCACACGCUGCAAGACUGCAAGGACGGCGUCGGCUACAACCCGGUUAGCGCAGCGGAGUUUCUCAGCAAAGUGCCCGCGCAGAGAGUCACCGCCAGCGGUCAGCUCGUGCCGGUGCGUAGCGAAAUGGCGGCACUGAUGGGGCUGAAGGACGGCGCCACGGCGAAGGCGUCUGGGAGUCCGGCCGCCAGCAACGGCCCCUCGAACACGGUGAAGCGCAUGGCUGCUGCGGAAGCGGCGAGUCGUCGUGCCAAAAUACACCCGCCGCCACCGCCAUCGCCACAGCAGCAGCCUGAUUCUCCCUCCAAGCGCGCCGUCGACGGCAAAGCAGCCAGCACGCGUUCUCGCAGCAGCUCGGUGGUCGAGGGCAGCUUCCUCGCCAUUUGUGUUCGCCUGCCGACGGGGCAGAAAGUCACGUUGGACGCGGCUCUGAAGGACACGGUUGCGACGCUGCGAGAGAAGUUCAUUGCGGCCGCACCGCAGUUUGCGCGCACGUCAUAUGAACUGUACCAGGCUUUUCCGGUGAAGUGUGAGUGGAAGGAGCGCAAUCGGACGUUGGCGAGUCUUGGAAUACGAAGGAGCUGCACUCUCAUGGUGAAGCUCAAGUAGCAUUGCUUUUCAUCUUUCUUUGUACCUCUGCUCCUUCUGUUUUCCUGUGCCGGUGAGUCUCUUCAGCAUGUACAGUAUUUGAUGGCUUUAAUGUCAGCUCAUUAAGCAUACGUUUUGAUUUAGUUAUUUAGUUACCCAUUGGUUUACGU